AUGAACUUAGUUACAACAAUCAUCGCUAUUACCAUCACACUGUCCGCAGUACUAGCCACUAUUUCUUUCUGACUACCACAAAUUUCCCCCGACGCAGAAAAGUUAUCCCCCUACGAAUGUGGAUUUGACCCCUUGGGAUCCGCCCGUCUGCCCUUCUCCUUACGAUUUUUUCUAAUCGCCAUCCUGUUCCUCCUGUUCGACCUAGAAAUCGCCCUUCUUCUGCCCCUGCCUUGGGGGGAUCAGCUCAAUGCCCCGACCCUAACACUCCUCUGAUCCACUGCCGUACUCGCCCUCCUUACUCUUGGACUAAUUUAUGAGUGAACCCAAGGAGGCUUAGAAUGAGCCGAAUAG